GAGCCUUGGCAGGCGGUGGGCAGCUGAAAGUGACUUUUACCGCCCAGUCCAGGGCCUGAACCGACUAGCCACGUUACGUUAACACUGGUCGACAAACGACCUCGGAUCUUGCCCGUGCCUCCACAAAUUCUGACGAGAUUCUGGUGCCACUUGUGAAGUCAACUCGUCCUGCCGACCAACGAAUCAUAUCAGUAUGGCCGACAGGAAUACUCCUUCUACCACUAACAACGACUCAACCCCUCCACGAUGUGGAAAGUGCGGUAACACAGACAACCUCAAACGCUGUGCAAGAUGUCAAACCACCCAGUACUGUUCUCGUGACUGCCAAAAGGGGGACUGGAAAGAGCACAAGAAAACAUGCAGUGGGAAUGCCGCUAGCAGAAAUACCGGCGGCUCGGCGAGUACCGCUGGAAACACCACAAGCACGGGCACUCAGUCUGCACCCAAAGCAUUGAUUGCAAAUCUUGAAACCCCCUUCACGGCUCUUCAAGAGAAGAAAUGGCUGCACGGCCGUCCAGAGAAAGAUGUGUACAAGCUGCUCAUUGACGCUUGCCGCUUACGCCUCGAUGAUGACUACAAGUCCAGUGGCGACAACGCCAGCAUCUACGGCGGGGCUUCCAAUGGGUACGGCUAUUUCAGAGGAUUUCUGCGAAAGGCGGAGAACAAAACUGGUCUCUUGCCACCAUGGUGGUCGCAAGAAAAAGCAGCCGAGUGUGUGAGACUGGGACAACAGCAAGGUUGGAGCGAUCUCAAUUGCGCGAUUGAGAAGAGCGACAUCAUGGAGCAUUACGGAGAUGCAGAGAUGCCAAUGCAAAUGAGGUUGUUCGUGGAGUCGAUCUAUGGAUCCGGUCCUGGUGGUCAGAGCGGCGCUACCAUGCUGCGACUCAAGGCUAUGGCUGAGAUUGGUUCGAUGCAUACCAGUACAAUUGAUAUGAGCAGGGUCAUGGGGUAAGAGAAUGCUGUUGUAUGCUUCAGAGAGUCGUGUAUUAGACUUCUGGAUAGGAAUUUGUCUUUUGCUGUAGCAGGAUGACCAGCUGCAAUCAUCACAGGGUCUUCGAGUCCAGCUCGAGAACCUGCUCGAUUUA